UAUCACUUGAAGGAACAAGUGCCAAAGGUCUCCUCAUAACAUUGGAGGGAGAAAAGCCUUCUGUGUGUGUCGCCGGGGACAGACAACCAUUCACUCUCACACUCACAUCACCGCAGUCAGCCAUGGAGUGGAUCCCUGCAGCUUUCCUGCUGUUGUGUGCUGUCAGCCUAAUUCAUGCAAAGAACAAGCCUACAAUUCACACUGUAGUCGCUAACGUGUGCGAAGACACUCCACCUGGUGCUCAUGCAUUCAGAAUAGAUGCAACAGAUAAAGAUAACGACCCACUGACGUAUUCACUCUAUGGGGAAAAUGCCACGUACUUCAGUGUGGACAAUACGACCGGAGAUGUGAUUGUUGCAAGGAAGCUUGACAGAGAGGUUUAUAAUUUAUUGACACUUGGAAUUUCAGUUUCAGAUGGGAACGAAUUUGUAAGGAAAAAUAUGAGAGUUAUUUUGAAGGAAGCCAAUGACAACAGACCCAUAUUUCAAGGCUCUAAUUUUGACAUCGAAGUGAAAGAGAAUACGACAACAGGUACAAGUCUGUUUAGAGUGCAGGCCACUGACCAAGACAUUUUACAAGCUGGUCAGAUCAAAUACAGCAUUGCUGAUGUUACCCCGAGUAAUGGAUUGAGUCUAUUUAGCAUUGCUCCUGAAACUGGUGAUGUCACAUUGACUGGGGCACUAAAUUACACUGGACUCAGUAGUUAUUAUCGGAUGAAGAUAAAUGCAACUGAUGGUGGGGGCCAGUGUUUUUACAGUGAGAUUAAUUAUCACUCAAACAUUGUUUUUUACUUUAUUACUGUUUUGGAUGUUCCGGAUCUCGACCCCAAAUUCUUGGGCCUUCCCUACAUCGGGAGUGUUGAUGAAAAUUCUGCGGUGGACCAUGCCGUUUAUACCGUGACAGCCAUUGACCAAGACACAGAAAUUAAUGACAGGAUCAUCUACAGCAUUGAAGAUUCCAAAGGCCUCUUUAAAAUCUCUAGCGAUGAUGGCGUUAUUUCUGUGGCGUCGGAAAUCGACAGAGAAGAAAUUGGUGACCGUGUUACCAUGAUUAUCAAGGCCACUGAGUCCCAGCCCAACAUCCACGGGGAGUACGCCAGCACCACAGCCUCAAUACAGAUCAACAUCAAUGACAUCAAUGACAACAAACCAGAGUUUUACAAGUGCGAAGGCUCGGGAGAGCUGCAAACCUGUGAACAAGAGAGUCAAUUUGAAGUGGUCGUAGCUGAGCACUCACUGGGAGGUGUGCCCAUUAAAAUGAUGGUCAAGGACAAAGACAAGAUUAAAAGCAUUCGACUAACCCUGAAGGGAGCUGACAAGGACGUGUUUUCUGUCGAGCCCCAAUUUUCGAUGGUCGACAGCGUUGUUCAACUUGUGGUCAAAGAGCCACAAAAACUGGAUUAUGAAGAAACGCAGCGAAUGGUUGUAGAGGUGAUUGCCAGCGAUCCAGAAGAAAUUACUUUUGUCUCGACUGCCACAGUCACGAUUAUGAUACAAGACAUCAAUGACAACAACCCCAAGUUCCCGAAGGAUUCCUACUUAAACUUAAAUGUGAGCGAGCACUCUGAAGUUGACACCGUCGUGGCCACGAUCACCGCAGAUGAUCCUGACACGAUGGACAAAGACAACAUCACCUACAUGCUUCUCCCAGAAAGCAUGCGAACUUAUUUUGACGUGGAGCCAAAGACGGGUGUGAUUUACGUGAAAAACAAGACGCUCUUGGAUCGCGAAAUCCGACCUUUGCACUCUGCCACUCUUCAAGCCAAAGAUUCGGAUGGCAAGCCUGCCACCGCAUUACUGCAGUUCAUAGUGACGGACAUCAACGACCAGCCUCCGGUCAUCAACAAAGAAUAUUAUCAGGAGUUUGUAAAAGAGGGUUCACAGCUCGAACUUCAAGUCGAAGCGACUGAUGCAGAUGAGCCUGGCACAUUGAACAGUCAAAUCGUGUUCGCAAUACUGCCAAGCAAGUACAGCGAAUACUUCAGCAUGGAUCCCAAUACCGGAGUGCUGAGGAACCAGGUUGAACUGGACCGUGAGGAUUUGGAUGCUGAGCUGAAGGGCAAGAUCGAGCUCAACGUGACCGCCACAGACAUGGGUACGCCUGCCUUGUCAACCAUGGUCAGCGUGAUCAUCAAUGUGGAGGAUGUCAAUGACAACCCACCAGAGUUUAAGAACUCCUCAUAUAAAUUCAGUGUAAAAGAGGGGGAAAAAGGUGCGUACGUGGGCACGGUCCUGGCUCAAGAUUUGGACCAAACAACCGACUUCAACCGGAUAGCUCUUCGAAUCAUCUCCGGAAGUUUUGACAGUUUCGCCAUUGUCACCACUUUGGAAGAGCAAGUUUACCUGGGAAACAUCACAGUGGACCUGGGCGUCGAUCUGGACUAUGAGGGCGCUCGGCAAAAAUACACGCUGCAGGUAGAAGCCACAGAUCGGGGACAGAAAAAAGCAGUGGCGACGGUGGAGGUGGAUGUGUUGGACGUGAACGAUGAAAGGCCUGAGUUCUUGCCAUCAAAGCCUGCGAAAGUGAAAGAAAACACGACGCUGACUGAAGCCAUUGGGAAAUUUGAGGCGAGGGAUCAAGACGGAAACCACUCACUGACCUACGAGAUGGAGUCCCUCAAAUGCCGAUGCAAUGGCUCUCUGUCACCUUGUGACUGGUUUGUCUUGGAGCCGACGGGAGACGUGCUGGUCAAUCCAGGACGCACGCUGGAUUAUGAAAUGUGCGACCGGGCGGUGAUGGAGGCUCAGGUCAUAGACGAGUACACUGAAAAAGGGGAGAAUUACAGUCUCAUUGCAGGACAAAUGGAGAUCAUCAUUGAAGACAUCAAUGACAACGCCCCGCAUUUCAUCAUCUCAGAUUCUAUCUUUGCUGUGGUCUCAGAAACUGCAAGCAAGGGGACAUCAGUUGGGGGAGUCACUGCAACGGAUCGGGAUACAGAAAUUCACGCACAGCUUGAGUUUCAAGUGAGUGAAGUGAAAUUUGAGGACGCCAACAAAAACAUAAGUGUCACGAGGUCUCUGUUUGAGGCAGUUACCACGCAGCAAAAGGACAUUUACAUUGGGAUUAUUCAAACCACCGAGGGUCUUGAUGUCACUUUGAAGGGGAAAUAUUUGGUCACAGUGUCUGCAACCGACUCCGGUGGCCUCUCCACCCACACUACACUGGAGAUUUUCACAGUUGACAAGUCUUACAGAGUUGAACUUCAAUUUAGAAAUACUCGUGACGAGGUUGUAAAAAAUCAACCUGCCAUAAUCAGAACACUUACAGCUGCCACCAAAGCUGUCGUUGAGGUUGUUGCCAUUAGGGACGGCGCUACUGAAGAGUCCAGGGCUUCAGUUGGUGCAGUAAUGGUGGCAUAUUUUCUCUUUUCCAAUGGGACUGCUCUCCCUAAAUCUGAAGUGGAGUUGAUGAUUUCUGUACCCCAGCACGCUCAUCUGUUGGACCAGUUAGGCCUCAUGUACAUUACUGACUCAUCAAUAAAACCUCCAGAGACUGACCCUCUGCAAUACAUCUCGCUUGGCAUCAUGGCUGGUCUCAUAAUUGUGCUUGUUGUCCUCAUCACUUCACUAGUAUGCACUCGCAGAAACUACAGGAGGAAGCUGAAGGCAGCAAAAGCCAUGAACUCUGCAACCAUGGUGGCGUCUGACAACCUCAAAAGUGGCCCUGUGGUGCCAGGGACCAACAAGUACACCAUGGAGGGGGCAAACCCAGUUCUAAAUCUCAACAUUGACACAGCUAUGGUGCUCGACCUGGAUGGGGAGAGCUCAGAUGUUGACAAAGUCAGCCUCGACUCCCUGGACUACAGCGAUGACAUGAACACAUCCGGGAAGGAUACAAAACCUGUUAUGCGAAAAAUCCAGGAAGAAGAGGAACCGGAGGACAACGGGCCCCCUGAGUACAUUGAACCUCUGGGCGCGGCUUUGGCCCAGCGGAGCCAAAAAAAAGGUUCGGACAGUCACAGAGUGGGUGUCAGCAACCCUGCAUUCAGCACAACGGACCUGUGAUAUCAUCGUGGACAGAGACCACAGAUGUCACCUCCCAACCAAAUUGACAAUCAAACACAACCAUGUUGGUGUCGAAGAGGCGUUAUGAAAUCUUGCGUAAGAUGUUCACAUUGAAAUGGUGGACUGACUAUUGUGAGGGUUCAUUUUCAGCACAACUCAAGGAAAAACCAAAAAUGACACCAAUGUCACAAUGUCGCAUUGGCAUUUACCGAAAUAUCCUUGUUUUGAAUCAUUUUAACUCGUUGUGUUUGUCAAACAGUUCAACAACUGAUUAGACUUUUAUCCCCAUGUUAAGGGAAGCCUCUCAUCCAUCCACGGCUCAGUUUGAAGUUUGCACUUCAAUCACUGUUGAUUUUUUUUUUUUUAAUUUCAAAUCCAUUGUGUUACAUAAAAGGCAAAAUCAUCAAACCCUUUUCACUGUCCAAAUAAAUCAGCACAUAACUGUAACUACUCAUCAUUCUACUGUCACAAGAUGCUUUAUGAGAGUAUCAGAGAAGCACAUUUUUUAGCUCAACUUCGAUCAGCUGCCAUGGGAAUCUGGAUUUGUAUUACACUCCUUUUGAAUCAAACGUUCAUUUUUCAACCAAAUCCUACUCCUUCGGUACACUUUAAAAAAACAUAUCACAUCAUGUACACAACAGUGGUAUUGAUCUUGUUUUGUCACAAUAUUCCUUUCCAAUGUCAUCACACUCUCAUAAAACAGAAACCACGGGAAAAAGCCAUGUUUUGUGCAGACUGUCAUCUUUAUUUUGAUCAAUGUUAAAAAGCAGUUUGUUUUGCUUUCAAAUGAACCGUGUCAUCAGUUCGAGCAACACCCGAUGCAGCUGAUGCUACCCUUUCACAUAAAAAAGGUGUAUUGCAUUGCCUCAGUGGAGGACGCGAGAUUGUACUUCUGUCAAAAUGUGUAAAUAUACUUUGUUUGCUGGUGUUUACAUUGACUUUUUGUGACUUCAUGCAGCGUCAGCUCAUUACUAAAAGCGUUGAAAAAAAAGUCACAUCGAAAUGAAUGUAUAACAGUGCAAUAAAUGAAUAAACAAAUACCUCCAA